GCUGAGGAGAGGCAGGGUUCCCGCGCUCCUGGCCCGAGCUCCCUGAAAUUGCCAGGACUGAGUGGGUCGGAAGCUUCAGACGAAGGAGAACGGUCGGAGGGUGUUGGCCGCGGCCUCUUCAGAGCUCCGCGGGCAGGAGCGACCCCCAACCACUGCCCUGCAGCCCGGACAACAGAGCAAGACCCUGUCGCAAAAAAAGAAAGUAAGUAGGUACAUCUCUAUGAAUAACUUAAACAAUCCUCCAAACUGGAAUAUCCGACCUAAUUCCAGGGCUGAUGGCAGUGAUGGAAGCAGGUGGAAUUAUGCCCUCUUGGUUCCAAUGCUGGGAUUGGCAGCUUUUCGUUGGAUUUGGUCUAGGGAGUCCCAGAAAGAAGUACAAAGAGAGAGAGAAGCAUACCGUCAGCGAACUACUGCUUUCCAACAGGAUCUUGAAGCCAAGUACCAUGCUGUGAUCUCAGAAAAUCGGCGUGCUGUUGCUCACUUGUCUUUGGAACUUGAAAAGGAGAAAAAUAGAGCAGCCAGUUAUCGAGAAGCCCUUAUCUCUCAGGGGCGCAAGUUAGUAGAAGAAAAGAGGCUUCUGGAACAAGAGCGGGCCCAAGUGAUACAGGAGAAAAAACAGUUGCAGCCUUUGAGAGCUGAAUAUCUGAGCUACCUAGAGAAGGAAGAUGACUGGCAAAGAAGAGCCAGGCUGUUGCUGAAAGAGUUUGAAGACGCUCUCACAGAAAGACAGAAUAUCUACUGCAGUCUGCUGCUUCCUCGCAAGAAGAGAUUAGAAUUAGAGAAGAACUUACUGGUACGAGCAGCCAUUGACCCAGUUGCUACUGACCUAGAGAUGGUAGCUGGUUUAACUGACAUAUUUAAGCAUGAUAAAUAUUGUGGUGAUGUCUGGAAUACCAACAAACGCCAAAAUGGGAAACUCAUGUGGCUGUAUCUCAAAUAUUGGGAACUAAUUGUUGAAAUGAAAAAGUUUAAGGUAGUAGAGAAAGCCAUACUAGAAAAGUAAGACGAGAAUGAGAUAAAAAUUUUAAUGACUGAAGCCCAGCUGUUACUGUGCAUGCUGGGUAUCCAACAUUUGUUUAGUGCUGCUGUCAUUGUGACCUCGCGUUGCCAUCAGUGGUGACCACUCCUCCACCCCCUGUGAGCAGAAGCACAACAGAGCCUUGAAGACAGAAGGUUUGUUCCUCAAGCCUCUGUAGCUGUUACAGUUUCUCCGAAGCAUUUAUUAAGCUGCCAGUGUUUUAUUAACCAGUGCAGUAUAAUCUCAUAUUUUAGAUCUAGGGUAAAAAUGGGUUUUUUAAAAAGUCAAGUGCAAGGCUGAGUGCAGUGGCUCACACCUGUAAUCCCAGCACUCAGGGAGGCCUGGGUGGGAGAGUUGCUUAAGGUCAGGAGUGUGAGACUGAGACUGAGCAAGAGUGAGACCCUGUGUCUACUAAAAAUAGAAAAACUAGUUGGGCAUUGUGACAGGCACCUAUAUAUAGUUCCAGCUACUCCAGAGGCUGAGGCAAGAGGAUGGCUUGAACUAUGAUGAUGCCACUGCACAGUAGCCAGGGUGACAGUAAGACUCUUGUCUCAAAAAAAGAAGGUCGUCUCAGUGCUUGUAGCUCAGCGGCUAGGGUACCAGCCACAUACACUGGAGCUGGCGGGUUCAAACCCAGCCUGGGCCUGCCAAACAAUGACAACUACAACAACAACAACAAUCUAGGCGUUGUGCUGGACCUUGGGAGGCUGAGGCAAGAGAAUCACAUAAGCCCAAGAGUUGGAAGUUGCUGUGAGCUGUGAUGCCAUGGAUUCUACUAAGGGUGGCAUAGUGAGACUCAAAAAAAAGGUCAUAUACAGUAUUGAUCUUUACCAUAAGUAAUUUGCUAUCUGUUUUUAUCACUCCAUAAAUUCGGUUUUCUCCUAUUUUUCUCUCUCAGAUUACAUAUAGAAGUUGUUAGGUAAUGUGUAGAACUGCCUAACAGGUGAUAAUAGAAAAUAGUAAUACUAUAUUAUCAAGGAUUCAUAUUUUAAAAAUUUCUCAUUCCACCAGGGUGGGCGGAGGGAAAACGCCACAUGUUUCUUGUAUCCAGUUGAUACCCUAGUGUGUAUUUGGAAUUUGUCCAUGUCUACAUUCAGUAAGCAGAUAAUUAUUUAUUAGUAAUGAUACAUAAUCAGAAGUACUUACGAUUUAUAAGUAAUUAUGCCAUAUUCUGUGUAACUCUUUGCUCUUGACAGAAUGUUUUUACAUACAUUAUCUCAAUUUUCACCACAACCUAAAAGGUAGACAGGCACUUAACUAUAGACUCCUUUUUACACAUAACUAAUAAGAAUCACACCUUUAUACGUGUACUAUACACACUCUUAGAAUCCUUAUUCUAGUCCUAUGAAGUAAGUCUUAUUAUUUGCGUGAGGUGAUCUGAAAGACCACCCUCCAGUUCCCUGACCCACUGGGGGAUCUCACAGGCCUAGAGUUAUACUCACAGCUAAGAUUUAUUAUAUGAAAGGACACAGCAAAAUCACCAAAGGGAGAAGGUGCAAGGGAUGAAUUCAGAGGAAACCAGGUGCAAGCAUUCCAAAGUUCUGCCCAGUGGAGUCACAAGGGACAUGCUUAACUCUUAGAACAGGCUGUGACAACACUAUGGAAUGCCCAACAGGGACACUCACUAGAGACUCAGCACUAAGGGCUUUUAUUGGGGGCUGGUCGAGUAGUGCCAUCUGCAUGGUAUGUACCAAAAUUUCAGACUCCCAGAAGGAAAUAGGGGUUUGGUAUAAUCAAUAGUGUUGGCACAGUUCAGGCACAGUGAGCCACUCUUACAAGUUAACAGAGCUGAGAGCUCCACCAAGAUUCAAGCUCCCAGAUGCCAGUAAAGGACCAGUGUUGUUUUUUUGUUUUUUUUUAAUUGAGAUGGACUCACUUUUUUGCCCUCUGUAGAGUACUGUUAUGUCAUAGCUCACAGCAACCACAAAGAUUCUUUUGUUCAACCUCCCUAGUAGCUGGGACUACAGGCCCCUGCCACAAUGCCUGGCUGUGUGUGUGUGUGUGUGUGUUUAGCAGGCCUUGGGCCAGGUUUCAAACCCACCAGCCCUGGUGCAUGUGGCUGGCACCCUAACCACUGACCUAUGGGCACCCAGCCAAGGACCAGUGUUAAUAAGCUUCAGUCCUGCUGUGUGAACUCUUCACACAUCUCAUUUUACAGAUGAAUUAACCUGCCUGCAGUAACAUGGAUAGCAAGGUUGGAGCAGGCCCUCAGGCACUCUGGUAAAUAUGCAAGUUAGUGGCCAAGCAGGGGUGGAGCAAGGUGUCCGCUUGCUUUCAAAUGCCAUACUCUUCUACCCUGCCUCUAUCUUGCUGUACAGAAAUAAAUUUAUUAUGCAUUUAAUCUUCUAGAAAUCUUAAGUGUAGAAAGCUGUGAUGUGUUUCCUCCUCUAGAGUUACUGCAUUGAGUACAUACUACACACAGCCAUAUGUAAUUUAUAUUUACAUUUUAUUUUAAAUCCUCAGGACCAUCUUAGGGAUGAGGAAGCAGGCUUGGAGAGCUAUGGGAAGUUGCUAAAGUGGACAUAGGCCCUUAAUCUCUGAGCUCUCUUGCUCUUAGUCCCUUGCCCUACUCAGGACAGUUGAUGCUUUCUUCAGUGGCUACUUGUAAUAUCUUUAUGCUAUGUUGCCAUCACUUUAAGAAAACAUUUUUAGGUAAUUCUGGUCUAAAAAGCUUUCUCUAGGUAUUUGUAUUUCCUCAUGCUUUACACCCUUGCCUAAAAGAGUGGUGUAGAUUCUGGUUCUUUUUACUCUAUUGAUUUGCUGUGUGUCCCUGGAUAAACCACUCAUUUGUCUUUAAAUGAAAAAAAUGUGAUCAGUUAUUCUGCAGAUGAAUUUCAAGAUGAUUAUUCAGGGUGAAUUUUAAAUCUUUAUCAUGUUUUCUGAUGUUCAACAUGUUCUCAGCCUGGCUUCCUUCAACAUUGAGAUAACAUUGUUAUCAUCGAUUGGCUUCCUUCAACAUUGAACAUAUUGUUCACAUCGAUUUAGAUACUGGCUCAGUACUGCAAAAUCAGGGAUAUAAACUUUUCAUCCAAGUAGCAUUAGGACAUGUUUGUAUUCGCAUGGCUUAGCUGCCUUCCAUUGGCAAGUUUGAAUAUUAAUAUAAUGCUAUCCUUAAAAUUGAUUUUGUUAGGUUUGAAAUAUCUACAAAAUGUGUGGCCAUUUGAGGACUUUGCACAUAUACUAAAAGUUAACUGGAAAAAGUGAGAUUAUAGUGGAACAUCACUCAACCAAAUUUAAAAGUGUUUUAAAUUUGCAAAAACAAAUAGGAACCCAAGUGCUGUGUGAUAAUGUAUGUAGAAUUUAUAGUAACUGAAGCAUCAUUUGUCCUGGCUGUUUUCUUGGAGGUCACAGUAACUAUAAAAUUGAAGCCAGAAAGGCAGGAAGAACCCUCCAUAUAAGGGGUCUGAGAGACCCUAGGUGGGGAUAAAACCAGAUUAGGGGGAAAGUCAUCCCCAACAGCUAUUGAGAGGGGCUGCAGUGAGGAAAAGAAACGACGAAUUGCAUCUUUUCUUUCUGAUUGGUUUGGAGACAUCAAAUUAUUGUGUACGAGGUUGCAGUGACUUAAAAAGGAUGGGCUUUGGGGGAUGGGUGUUUAUAUUUUUCAUUCUAAUGUUGCUUACUUGAGACUGCUGUACUUUGGGUUAAAGAAGACAUAGCAGUUGGCCUAGAUACAGCAGUUGGCACACAAGAUGAGAAGCAGGCAGCAUUUCUGUACCGUAAUUAGCUCCUUUGUAGGUGUGCUUUUUUCUCCUUUGUGAAAGCUCAUAAAGAUACAUUAUUAUUAUAUGCAUUUCAUAUGUGUAUAUAUGUGUGCAAACUGGACGAUACACGUCUGCAAAUCUUGAACCAGUGAUGGGAUGUUUUGACACGGAAAAUGACUUCACCAGAGAAACUGUGUGUUCUUUCAAACAAGCUAUGUGCAAUUAAAAUGUGUAACUCAUGA